GCCAAAAUGCUACAUUUGGAGGAUUACCUUGAAAUGAUCGAGCAUCUACCCCAGGAGCUUCGGGAUAGGUUCACGGAAAUGCGUGAGAUGGAUUUAACUGUCCAAAAUAACACUGAUGCCCUGGAUAAACGGGCCCGUUCACUAUUUCAACAGUGUCGCAGAGGGGAACUACCAACUGCAGCGGCGGAUGCAGAGUUCAACGCAAUUCGAGGCGACUACUACCGCGUGCUGGAUGAUUCUGAUGAGAAAAUCCAACUGUCAGGGCAGAUGUACGAUUUGGUUGAACGAUAUGUGCGCCGUCUCGACACCGAGCUGUACAAAUUCAAGUGUGAGCUGGAAGCGGAUCACAAUGGCAUCACAGAAAUACUUGAAAAACGUUCGUUAGAGCUCGACAGCAAUGCUACGUCGAACGGUGGCACGAACCAGAAGGAAAACCGUUUCUAUGACGCCCAGCAUUCGUACUCCGGAACAUCUUCCGGGCGCUCGGAUAGUCGCUACAAGUCGAAGCCGGUAAAGCGCCGUGAGAGCGUGGCCGUCACUGCUGCCGAAAAGCGUGCCGCUGCUGCAGCAGUGGCUGCAGCGGCCGCGGCAGCAUCCGGAGCUAGCACAUCGAAUGUUGCUCCGAUCAUGAAUGCGCACAUUCGUCCGACGACCCCGGGCACGGCGGUACCUGCCAGUAUUGUGUCGGGCACGAUCGUUAUCCCUCCGGCUGUGAAUGUUGGUGUGCACGCUUCAUCUACUACACCGAACGUAUCAUCCUACAAUUUGCCAAAUUUUUCUCCGGCGGGAAAUGCAAUUGCUGCCGCUGCAAGCCAGGCGAUCGCUCAAACGCAACAAAUGCAGCAGGGUCGUCGAACGGCCAGUCUGAAGGCAUCGUACGAAGCGAUUGGCGCAAUGGGAUCGCAAGAGCUGCUGAUCAAUAGUGAGCUGGCGGGGGCCACGCACAACGCGCUGCAGGCAGUUGAGCGAGAGUCGAGCGUUUUCUCGAACCAGCGACGUACGAAGAAGAAAGGUCUUACGAGCACGCCAAACACUGCAAACACCAGUGCGGCGGGUGGUGUGCGGGGCACAACUACCACGACCCUGCUUUCAAGCAAUUCGAUUGUAACGCCGAUACUCACCACUACCCCUACUCUGCCGAAUCAAACGCCGUUUGCAAUUUUAGGCCAGCAAACAACCACGUUGCAGCAGCAACAGCAACAGCAGCAGGUUGGAACGGUCCAAGUGACACAGCCGCUUGUGCAGCCACAACAGCAGCCGCAAAAGGGGCCUACCCUGGUGCCGUACAUAAUGGGCACCAAUGGGCCAAUCGCGGUGCAGCAGCAAAUACAUCUGCACCAUUCGAACGCGCAAGUUCCUUUACAGCACCUGCAGCAAGUAUCGCACCAGCAACCGUUGUUGCAACAGCUUGCGGUCCAACAACAAGCGACGCAGCAAACUGUACAACAGCCGACGGCGAUGAAACAGGAGUUGCUUCCUCAGCAAAUUCAGCAGCUCGGCAACAUUCAGAAUGCGCAGCAGAAGCACAUUCUCUUACCAACCACACCGCAGCAGGCACAGCAAAGGCUACCGCACCCACAGCAGCCGCAGCAGCAGCAAUUCCAACAGUCGCUGCAAUCACCGCAAACGUUGGCACCGCAGUUGCUGCAGCAGCAACAACCGCAGCAACCGGUUCCGGCAAGUUCCCAGCAGUCGGGUCAACAGCAGCAGCUGCCAAUGCAGACGCUCGCGCAGCCGCAGCUGAUACAAGCGCAAGGCGGGUCCCAUUCGUUGCCACUGGCGCCGGUGCCGGUGCAGCCCACGUUGAAAACGCGCCCAGGAUGGAAAACUAUCACGAAGCCUACAUUACGCCGCUAUAUCCCUGGGCAAACUCCGCACAUCUUACAACGGCAGGUGGUCCAUCUGCAGCCACAGCAGCAAACACAAUUCCAGCAAAUACAGCAACAGCAGCAGCACCAUCAUUUGCAGAUGGUACAGCAGCAUCUGCAGCAAACGCAGCAGAUAGGGCAGCAUCAGUUGCAGAUAACUCAACAGCAGCAGACUCCGCAACAACAACAACAACAGCAGCAGCAGCAGCAGGCUCAGCAACAGCAGCAGCUGCCUCAGCAACAGCAGCAGCUGCCUCAGCAGUUGCAAACAUCUCAGCAGCAACAGCAUCACCAUCAGCUGCUCGAUAUGCAGCAACAAAAGGAUUCGCAACUGCAGCAGGCAAUCCAACAACAGCAGCAGGUUUUGCAACAGCAGCAGCAGUUGCUGCAGCAGACCCAGCAACAGCCACAGCUUCAAGUCCACCAUCUGAUACAACAGCAGCAACAGCAGUUGACUCAAAAGCAGCUGUCGCAACAGCAACAAAAGGUGGUACAACAACAGCAGCAGCAACAGCAGACGGCGCAACCGCAGCAGCAAUUUCUUGCUGGUCCCGCUGGAUCGUCGGCGUCCGCUGUUCUUGCGAAUACGGCAUCGACGAUGGAACUGCUGCCUUCCUCCACUGCAACCUCAGCGUCAACGGCGUCGGUCAGCUCGUUGGACGGCAGUCGGGGGGAAGUCACCAAAGGCGCCAGCACCAGCGGCGCAGGUAGCACCACCCUGACUGCCUCCAGCGGCUCCAGCACCUCCGGCUCGGUCGUCUUGAACGAGUCUGGGAUGGUGGUCGAACAAACGCCCGAAGGUGAGUGGUCUUACGAUCCAAACGAACCUCGUUACUGCAUUUGCAAUCAAGUUUCCUACGGCGACAUGGUGGCCUGUGACAACGAAGACUGCCCAUUCGAGUGGUUCCACUAUCCGUGCGUUAAUAUAACGUCCUCCCCGAAGGGCAAGUGGUACUGCCCGCAAUGUAGCAGCUCGAUGAAAAGACGGGCCUCCCGCAAGAACUAACGCUGACCGGCAGCGAGGAAUCGUUAGAUUUUAAUUUUCCUUAUCCUAUCCAUACAGUCAACUCCGCUUAGAUCAAUUUUUCAACCAUAUUCGAGUGAUGUCAGGUUGAGUGCUUGUGAUUGGAAAGAUGCUUUUAGGAGCAAUCGAGUGGAAACCUUCGGACAUCGUUUCCAUGGCCAAUUCAAUACGUUCAUGUUAAACCGGGUUCUCUUUCUUUUGACCUAUGAUACAACAUUUUCCACCUUAUAAUUCCAAGAUUGCAGCAAUAAACUAACUCGUGUUGCAAUCUUGGAAUGAUAAGGUGGAGAAGACUGUAACAAGUAAGUUCCCACUUAACGCACUUGUUUUAUCACAGGCUUUAGAAAAAGAUGUAAACAUGGACGAAUUGAAUUGGUCAUGUACACGGUGUAAUCCGUUUUACGGUUCUUGUGCUUUUCCAUAGAACUUACAGCAAGUUCCUUCCCAAGCCGGGUUUUAGUUGCCUAAGCUCUGCAUGACACGCCGUGAAUAGUCGUAUGCUUUUACCAAGCAAUAGCCACUCUCUGUAAUUCGGCACAAGUGGUAAGUGUUGUGCAUUACAGAGGUGCGCAGUUGCUUGUUAAACACCUACGUCUUGUGAUGAGCGUUUUGCGACCUCUUUGGUACCUAAACCUAUGGGAGAUCUUGUGCAAAUUUAAAGUGCUAAUUAAACAUUCAUCCAAAAUAAAUUCUCUUUAUGAAUUUCCCAUAACAUAAUGCAAUAAUUUGAAACUAAGUGUAUAUAUAUAAUUUAUUAUCGAAUUUUAUAUUUAAUAUCAACUGCCUGCUAGUUUUAUGUGUUGGUUUGUUCCACUAGUGUUUUAGUGAUCAAAUCGAAUCAAUUAUUAAUCAGUGUUUUAGCUUAAAGUAUCAUGUUUCGACUUUCGAACACCGAGCGGCAGCAAAAAGCAAACAAAAAAAGUGCCAAGAACCGAAACGGGAAGAGAUUUUGUUCCAUCUCCUUCCAAAACGGCUAUGCUUUGAUUCCACUUUUUUUUAAUGUGAUAAUAUCUGUUCGCCUUGGCGAGCACCUGAUUGUAUAUAUGAAUGUUUAUGUUCCAAUGUAUUUGCUAAUGUUUUUUUAAGCAAAGCAACAGGAGUGACUUGUUGAUGUACCUUUCACAACAACAAGACCUCCUGCGUGGUCGAGGGCGUUGACUGUAUUUUCAUUUUCGUUCUUAAACAUCGAGUGUGCUAUAAUAUAAUAAAUAAACAUAAUCUCUAUAAAAAGAACCGAUUUUCAUCAAUACAAGGCGGAGGGCUACAAGUUGGUUUGUAGUUCUGGUAGAUGACAAAAUGAAAAAAAAAACAUAAAAAAAGGUGGCAAGGUAAAAAGGCGAGUCACUGCUAAAGCGACAUUUGCGAAUAUAGGUGGAUCGAACGAUGGAAUUAACUACGAAUUCGAGAAAUUGAAAGGAACAAAGUACUGAGUAUGUUAAACACUCCG